CGCGCGGUCUCGAGGUGGAGUCGCUGCGGCGGCGACGGCGGCGGCUGGCGGUGGCUGGUGGCGGGGCUGGGACGGGGGCGGGGACUAAGGUUUGUGAGGUGGGGAAUCGGGAGUUUCUGGAUUCUUUAUCCGGAAUUUUAAGUGCCGCUGAGGAGCUGCCGUUUCUGCAGUAUUUAGGGGCGGCUUGGGCAGCAGGAUCGGCGGCCGCAGUGGCGCAGAGAGUAAGAAAGCCUGAGUUCUGUGAAAAACCAGAGAAGAGACACUAAGAGAAUAGUAGACAAGUCUUUCCAGUUUGCAUAAUAUUUCCUUCAUGGAUACAUUUUUAUAGCAUUAAUGUGUGAUGUGAGAAGUUUUUUGUUUUUGUUUUUUUUGAAGUAACAUGGAUUUUAUACUACAGAACCAAGAGAUUGGCUUUAUAGGAAAAAUUGAUUUAUAAAAAGUGGUACAGGUUUUUAUAGAUAACCAUGACAACAUCCCAUAUGAAUGGGCAUGUUACUGAGGAAUCAGACAGCGAAGUAAAAAAUGUUGAUCUUGCAUCACCAGAGGAUCAUCAGAAGCACCGAGAGAUGGCUGUUGACUGCCCUGGAGAUUUGGGCACCAGGAUGAUGCCUGUACGUCGAAGUGCGCAGUUGGAGCGUAUUCGGCAACAACAGGAGGACAUGAGGCGUAGGCGAGAGGAAGAAGGGAAAAAACAAGAACUUGAUCUUAAUUCUUCCAUGAGACUUAAGAAACUAGCCCAAAUUCCUCCAAAGACUGGAAUAGAUAACCCUAUAUUUGAUACGGAGGAAGGAAUUGUCUUAGAAAGUCCUCAUUAUGCUGUGAAAAUAUUAGAAGUGGAAGACUUGUUUUCUUCACUUAAACAUAUCCAACAUACUUUGGUAGAUUCUCAGAGCCAGGAGGAUAUUUCACUGCUUUUACAACUUGUACAAAAUAAAGAUUUCCAGAAUGCAUUUAAGAUACACAACGCUGUCACAAUACACAUGAACAAGGCCAGUCCUCCAUUUCCUCUUAUCUCCAAUGCACAAGAUCUUGCACAAGAGGUACAGACUGUUUUGAAGCCAGUCCAUCAGAAGGAAGGGCAAGAAUUAACAGCUUUGCUGAAUGCUCCACAUAUUCAGGCACUUUUACUGGCCCAUGAUAAGGUUGCUGAACAGGAAAUGCAGCUAGAGCCCAUUACAGAUGAUAGAGUUUAUGAAAGUGUUGGCCAGUAUGGAGGAGAAACUGUAAAAAUAGUUCGUAUAGAAAAGGCUCGAGAUAUUCCAUUGGGUGCUACAGUUCGUAAUGAAAUGGAUGCUGUCAUCAUUAGUCGGAUAGUAAAAGGGGGUGCUGCAGAGAAAAGUGGUCUUUUACAUGAAGGAGAUGAAGUUCUGGAAAUUAAUGGCAUUGAAAUUCGGGGGAAAGAUGUCAAUGAGGUUUUUGACUUGUUGUCUGAUAUGCAUGGUACUUUGACAUUUGUUCUGAUUCCCAGUCAACAGAUCAAGCCUCCUCCUGCCAAGGAAACUGUAAUCCAUGUAAAAGCUCAUUUUGACUAUGACCCUUCAGAUGACCCAUAUGUUCCAUGUCGAGAGUUAGGUCUGUCUUUUCAAAAAGGGGAUAUACUUCAUGUGAUCAGUCAAGAAGAUCCAAACUGGUGGCAGGCCUACAGGGAUGGGGAUGAAGAUAAUCAACCUCUAGCUGGGCUUGUUCCAGGGAAAAGCUUUCAGCAGCAAAGGGAAGCCAUGAAGCAAACCAUAGAAGAAGAUAAGGAGCCAGAAAAAUCAGGAAAACUGUGGUGUGCAAAGAAGAAUAAAAAGAAGAGGAAAAAGGUUUUAUAUAAUGCCAAUAAAAAUGAUGAUUAUGACAAUGAAGAAGUCUUAACUUAUGAAGAAAUGUCACUUUAUCAUCAGCCAGCAAAUAGGAAAAGACCUAUAAUUCUGAUUGGUCCACAGAACUGUGGCCAGAAUGAAUUGCGUCAGAGACUCAUGAACAAAGAGAAAGACCGCUUUGCAUCUGCAGUUCCUCAUACAACUCGCAGUAGGCGAGACCACGAAGUAGCCGGUAGAGAUUACCACUUUAUUUCUCGGCAAGCAUUCGAGGCAGACAUAGCAGCUGGAAAGUUCAUUGAGCAUGGUGAAUUUGAGAAAAAUUUGUAUGGAACCAGCAUAGAUUCUGUACGGCAAGUGAUCAACUCUGGGAAAAUAUGUCUUUUAAGUCUUCGUACACAGUCAUUGAAGACUCUCCGGAAUUCAGACUUAAAACCAUAUAUUAUUUUUAUUGCACCCCCUUCACAAGAAAGACUUCGGGCAUUGUUGGCCAAAGAGGGCAAGAAUCCAAAGCCAGAAGAGUUGAGAGAAAUCAUUGAGAAAACUAGAGAGAUGGAGCAGAACAACGGUCACUACUUUGACACAGCAAUUGUGAAUUCAGAUCUUGAUAAAGCCUAUCAGGAAUUGCUUAGGUUAAUUAACAAACUUGAUACUGAACCUCAGUGGGUACCGUCCACUUGGCUGAGGUAAAGGAAAUAUCCAUCUGUGGCAUGAUUGGACUUGGAUCAGGCAGACUGCCAGUAUGAAGGUAAACCUGAUACUUCAGCAAGACUGAGGGUAAGGUGGCAGGCAAUGCAGAUCUGUUCUUAGAAAUCCCCACAGGUAAUUUGUGCACAGCAGUCUAUAUUCACUAUGGCGCUUUAGGUUCUUGCCUCAUUUAGGGAUUCUAAAUGGAAGCUUUCAGCAGAGCAUUCCAUUUCAUCCAUGUGAAAACUGUUUUUCACCUAACCAAAUCUUUUCUGCCUAGUCAUAUUUCCAUGAAAAACGUGUGUGUACAUACACAGCAGUCCACGUCUCACAUAG